UUUGCCCACCUCCCACCCGUCCCGCAGUGCCUGCCCGCCCGUCGGCUCACGUGCACGCCAUGGCACUAUGCGUCCUAGCGUUCCUAGGCCUCCUAACUUUAGGUCUAACACAAGACCUGUACCACACACAGCAUCCAGGCAACAGUAAGCUGGCUUCGUGUUACGACUUUGAUGGCACGCCUCAGAGAUGCAUCCCCGAAUUCGUGAACGCGGCCUACGAAGUGCCCAUGGAAGCGACCAACACCUGCGGCGACCGCGGCGAAACGCAGUUCUGCACACAAACAGCCGCUGGGUCCUCAAGCAGUUUCAGAUCCUGCGAGACCUGCAAACCUGGCCAAUUCUCCAGCAGAUACCUGACCGACACGCAUUAUGACUCGCACAACGACAUCACCUGGUGGCAGUCGGAGACCAUGAAGGAGGGAAUACAGUACCCUAACCAGGUCAAUCUGACGCUGCACUUAGGCAAAUCCUACGACAUCACAUACAUCCGUAUCGUCUUCUACUCGCCCCGCCCGCAGAGCUUCGCCAUUUAUCGGCGCGCCAGUGAAAACUCGGAGUGGGAACCGUAUCAGUACUUCAGUGCCUCCUGCCGGGACAUGUACGGUGUACAAGAGCAAAGAGCAGCCGACCUACAGGCGGAGACAAGGGCCCUCUGUACCAGCGAAUAUUCCGAUAUUGCCCCGCUUUCUGGCGGCAACGUGCUGUUCUCAACUCUGGAGGGAAGACCGUCGGCUUACACUUUCGACAGCAGUCCGGAGCUUCAGGAAUGGGUAACGGCAACCGACAUCCGCAUCUCCCUUGACCGUCUGAACACAUUCGGCGACGAGAUCUUCGGGGACAGCUCCGUGCUCCAGUCGUACUGGUACGCCAUCGCCGACGUGGCUGUCGGUGCCAGGUGCACGUGCAACGGACACGCCUCCAUCUGCGACCGGCAGAAUGGGGUCAUGACCUGCAGAUGUGAACACAACACGGCCGGUCGGUCCUGCGAGCGCUGCAGGGACUCGUACAACGACGCGCCGUGGGGCAGAGCCACCACUACCAAUGUGUUCGAGUGCAAGGCCUGCAACUGCAACGGGUUCUCCAACAAAUGUUACUUUGACAAGGACCUAUAUGAACACACCGGGCACGGCGGUCAUUGUAUAGAUUGUGCUGAAAACAGAGAUGGACCUAAUUGUGAGAGGUGCAGGGAGAAUUACUUCUCGUCGAUGGGAGAUAUAUGUCUACCUUGCAACUGUGAUGUUACUGGUUCCCGUAGCCUCCAAUGCAACGCCGAGGGCAAAUGCCAGUGCAAGCCCGGCGUCACCGGCGACAAAUGCGACGCAUGCGCGCCCAACCACUACGACUUCACUGCGCUAGGCUGCAAGCCGUGUGACUGCAACGACGCAGGCAGUUAUGGCAACAUGCCACAGUGUGACCCGGUCACUGGGGUGUGUCAGUGCAAGCAGAAUGUUGAAGGCAGGAGAUGUCGCGAGUGUAAACCAGGCUUCUUCAACCUGGACCUCGACAAUGAGUUCGGCUGCACCCCCUGCUUCUGCUUCGGACAUUCAUCCCAAUGUAACUCAGCGCCGAAAUACCAGUCCUACGAACUGAGCGCACAUUUCCUCAGAGACUCGGAGAAGUGGAGCGCUGAGACAGAUCGGCGGGAGCCGGCGGCGUUGCAGUUUAAUGCUAACACUCAGAAUAUUGAAGUCCGUUCAUCAGGACAGGAAACGGUCUACUUCCUCGCCUCCAACCAGUUCUUGGGCGACCAGCGUCCCUCUUACAACCACAAGCUGAAAUUCACCCUACGUCUUGGAGAAAGUAGGGGGUAUCCGUCAGCCCAGGACAUAAUUCUGGAGGGGGCGCAGCAGUCCGUGGCUAUCAAUAUUUAUGCGCAGAAUAAUCCAGAACCUUCUGAUCAAGCUCAAGAAUUCUCCUUCAUACUCCACGAGGACCCUCGCUACGGCUGGACACCAACUCUCCACAACUUUGACUUCAUGUCCAUUCUCCAGAACCUCACGGCCAUCAAGAUUAGGGGCACGUUCAAUAGGAACGGGGUCGGGUAUCUGAUGAAUGUCAAGCUCGAGACUGCCAAGGUCGGCCGCGAGAAAGGCCUAGGCCCAGCCAACUGGGUAGAGAAAUGCAGCUGCCCCGCCGCAUACGUGGGUGAUUACUGCGAGGAAUGCGCCCCUGGGUACCGCCACGAACCAGCCAAUGGAGGGCCUUACUCCACCUGUAUACCCUGCGACUGCAACAAACACGCACACAUCUGUGACACCGCUACUGGAUUCUGUAUCUGCAAGCACAACACAGCCGGCAGCAACUGCGAGCGAUGCGCCAAGGGUUACUAUGGCAACGCGAUCGCGGGCACACCGGACGACUGCAAACCCUGCCCUUGCCCUAAAAGUAGUGGGUGCGUGCAGUUGGCUGACCAAAGUAUCUGGUGUACGGACUGCCCUAAUGGUUACGCUGGACCAAGAUGCGAAGUCUGCGCCGACGGCCACUUCGGCGACCCAACCGGCCAGUUCGGACCAGCUAAGGAGUGUGAAGAGUGCCAAUGCAAUGGCAAUGUAGACCCGAAUGCUGUAGGCAACUGCAAUAGGACCACGGGAGAGUGUCUCAAGUGUAUUUAUAAUACUGCUGGGGAGCAUUGUGACAAGUGUUUGGCUGGAUUCUUCGGUGACGCUCUGGACCCGACAAAGAAGGGAGACUGCAAGCCCUGCGAGUGCGACGAGCACGGCACUAUUGAGAGUACGGAAGGUGCUCCUCAGUGCGAUGGUCUGACUGGCUACUGCUCUUGCCGGCCCCAUGUCAUUGGCCGACAGUGCGAUAAAUGCGAGGACGGGUACUAUAACAUCAGAUCAGGAGAAGGCUGCAAGUCCUGCGAAUGCAAUCUGGAGGGCUCAUACAACUCCACGUGCAACCCUUACACUGGCCAGUGUUACUGCAAGCCGGGUAUUGAUGGAUUAAACUGUGACCGCUGCCGCGAGUACCACUACGGAUUUUCGGCCGAGGGCUGCCAGGACUGCGACUGUGACGAGUGGGGCUCCACCAACUACCAGUGCAACGCUGACGGACAGUGCGAGUGUCAGGAGAAUGUUGAGGGACGGCGGUGUGACAGAUGUAUGGAGAAUAAGAAAAAGCGCGCGGACGGCCAAGGGUGCGAGAGCUGCCCACACUGCUACAACCUCGUGCAGGACGCUGUUACUUUGCACAGGAAGGAACUCAAGGAACUCGAUGAGAUCCUCUCGAAAAUCUCCAAAGCGCCAACAGUCGUCGAAAACGCGGACUUCGACAAGGAACUGCAACGGGUCAGAGAGGAUAUCCAGCGUCUGAGCGAAGAAGCCAAAUCCCAGCUUGAAGGAGGAGACGCAAGCCUUACAGAUACGCUUGCAGAUCUCGCUGAGCGACUUCAUGAUGUUGAAGAUAUGGUGGUGAAGAUAGAGCGUCUGAGCGACGAAGGCAACGAAUCUGUGGACAGGAGCAAAGGCAACGUGUCUAAAGCCAAAGACACCAUUGAGGCAGCUCAAAAGGAGAUCAAUAGCGCCCUAGAAUACCUGGACGGUGAAGGCGCCUCAGCGCUCCUCAAGGCUCGUAACCGGUCCGACCAGUUCGGAAAACAGUCCGUCGAGAUGUCCGCCCUGGCGAAGGAGUCGCGUCUGUUGGCCGACAAGUUGGAAAACGAGGCGCACAACAUCAGGGACAUAGCCGAGAAGGCCUUCAAUACGUCCAUCGCGGCGAAUAAUCUGGCUAAAGAUGGGAUGACUAAGCAAGCUAACAUUAGCAACGAAGUCCAAAUCCUCUCCAACGACCUGAACGCCGCAUCAGGCAAGCUGAACAGCAUGACCGAACACGCAGACGCGGCCCUGAAGCGAGCCAAGGCUGUCUAUGAUGAGGCUUUGGGACUAUAUGCUGAGGUCAAUACCACGCUGCUGCCGGAUAUCAAGCUGGCCAAACUGAAGCAGGACGCCACUGAGAUGAAUAAGACGAUCGACCAAAGAUCAGCAGAUCUGGACAGCCUCAUAUCCGCCAACCGGGACAUGCUGCAGAGCCUCGAAGACGCCAUCAAGCGCGGCAAGGACCUCCAUUACCAGGGGCAGCAGAGGCAGGAUGAGCUGAGCGAACUGCUGGCCAGGCUGGACGAGCUGCAGGCGCAGGCUAAGAGUGACGUCAAUCUGGCUAAUGUCACGCUGAAGGAGGCUAAUGAGAUCUACCAGACGUUGAAAGAAUUCACAGAUCAAGUGGCCGAAUCCCGUCAGCAAGCUGAACAGGCCAGACUCGACAUCCCAGCCAUACAGGACAAGGUUGCCUCGGCCGAGGCGAGCAUCAACAGCAUAGCCGAGGCGCUGGACGACGCGUCCAACAAGGCUAAAGAGGCCAGGGACCUCGCUCAACUCGCUCAGAAGGAUUACGCUGAGAAAGCUAGCGAGGCCGCUCACGAAAUAAGAAAAAAGGCUUCCACCUCCAGAUCUGACGCCGGCAAACUCAGAGACGAGGCCGAGAAACUGUCGACCCGAGUCGACGGCACGGCCAAGCAGCUGACCGACCUUGAGAAGCAAGCCGAUGAGAAUCUUCAGCUCACCAGAGAUGCCAAGAUGAAGGUCGGUCAAGCCAACACAGACGCCAGGGAGGCAGAAAAGCAGGUCAACAAGGGUCUCGCUGACCUUGGGGUCAUCAAGGACGAGCUAAGGAAUCUUCCGACCCUGGACAGCGAAGCUCUGGACCGACUGGAGGAGAACUUAAACACGGUACAGGCGGAGCUCGCAGCAUUAGACCUGGAUGGAAAAAUAAAAGCAUUGAAGGAAGCCAAGCAGAACCAUCUGAGAUGGCUGGAGCAAUACAAGAGCGAGCAUGACUCACUUCGCCUCGAAGUGGAAAACGUGAAGGACAUACUUGACCAGCUGCCCGAAGGUUGCUUCAAGAGGAUUGUGCUGGAGCCCACCGAGGGGCCCAAGAGGGCCUCGUACAGUUAAACACGUGCGAGUGAUUGGUUGAUAGGUUACGUGUGGUGUAGACGACUUAGGCGCGCAAAGUAGACUAAUUUAGUGUAAGGAUAUUGGACUAGAUGGCGUUGUACGUAGCUAAGUAGUCUAUUAGUGUCUCUUUGACCGCCAAACACGUCAACUGACGCGCGCGGCGUCAGACCAAUAGGGGAUAUUACUGCAAUGUUCUGCCGCCAGAGUGCAGCACUACCGACUCUAGUAAAUUCAUAGACUAACUUAUACAUACUGUGCCUUAAACUGUUUUUAGACAAGUUUUCACAGACAAUAAAAUAUGACAUUGAUGCAUCAAGGCGGUUUGUUAACAAGGGCCUAACGGUAAACGCGAAAAUCUAAAUUUAGUUAUCUGCCUCUUUAUUGCUCGAAUAUGCAAGAGUGAUAGAGAGGCAGAAACCGAACUUUCGAUUGUCGUGUUUCACGGUAGGCUAUGUGAUUGACGUAGUGACGCAUGAUGUGUCAUUGACGUUUAUUUACUGUAUGUGUACUAGUUACGCCACCUACGCAGGGCUUUGCCUAAUAUUCCCUAUUGGUAUCUAUCUUUGUGCAUUCCGACCAAGUUUACAAUGACGCGCCACACGACAGGCGUGGCGUUUAACCUUUUGAACGCCAAACGGCGCAUCCAUUUGCCGUGCCACUGACGCCACGGGGGUAAAAUUUAGUUUUGUGAAUAAAUAAUGCCAAUCUAAAAGUGGGGUGUUUUUCAGUAGAUUUUCAUCAAAAAACGAUCAACGUCAAGUGCCGUCUUUGGCGUCUUUGUCACGAUUUUGCGUUGACGUCAAUUGCCGUCUGUGGCGUUCAAAAGGUUUAAUAAUCGAAACGUACGUAUCAUUGGUCAAUUUUGUGCGUCUAGUUAUUUGUCUAUACAUAGUAUGUGGAAAUUGAGUCAUUAUUAAAUUCGUAGAAUAUCAUUUUCGAUUUCUAAUUCGCAAUCAGGUCAAAAUCCAAAGUCAAGGUUGAGAUCCAAGACAAAAAUAUGUAUUUUUUUACAAAAGUAGCAAUAACUUUCGUCUAUGUUUUUGCUUUAUAACCUGCAAUUUGGAGUAAGUACAAACAGCAACACUCCUAACUGUACAUCGGUGGACGCUAUUACAAAAGGCAUAAGGUCCACCGAUGUACAGUUAACAGUGUGGGCGAUGAUUCCUACGUUUGAUGAUCAAGUCUAAAUCUAAAUAUUUAAAAAAGACUUAUAUAGUAUGAAUUAUCUCAGGUGAUUUUUUCGGGCUCGGGCCCUAAUCUUCUAAACAAAAGCUAUUGUUUCAUUUAUGCAGUGGUUACACUGCUUACUGCUUAAUGCACCGUCAUAAUGAACGGGGACAAGUCCGUUUAAAAAGCAAAUUUACCAUUCUAAUUAUAUGGUUCAAAUUCAUGAACAGCCCAUUCGAAGAUAACACGUUUUGUCAUCUCCAAAAACAAGACCACCCUGAUUGUUCUCUGAAUGAGCUGUCACAUGAAUUUGAACCUUAAUACUAUUACGAUAAUUGCUUUUUAAACGACAUGGUUGCUUUGGCACGUGCUGUAGACCGCUCUUAAAAGAAACAAUAAAGGCUUUUGUUUAACGGAUUAGGGCCCGAGCCCGAAAAAAUCAUCUGAGAUAAUUCAUACUAUAACUGUGACUUAUUAUAAUACUUAUGACUCUGAAUGUGUAUUUUUGAUGAUAUUUGUGUGUAGUGAAUGUGGGUGUUUAGUUAAGGUGACAGUUUUUUUGUUAACAUAUUUAAGUGAACAACGGAUACGUUCAAUUAUUUUACAAAUCGACGUUGAAGCUUAUAGUUUAUAGUUUUCAAUUUGUAAAUCUUUUGACCACCAACGACUUCAUAUCACGUCGACGCCACGACGUCAGCAGACGUCAAGAACGCAAUAGGUUUGUAUGUGUCUUGUCUUAUGAUAUACACUUAAUCUAUUUUUUAUUUGGGUACCUUAAUUUUAAAGUAGAAUACAAUUUAAUUUGGUGAAUUAUUUUGGCGUUGGCGCAAGUUUUUUUAUUCGGCGUUUGGCGUUAAAAAGGUUAAAGUGAGAUAGGUGCUAGAAUAAAUUAUCUUUUUUUACAUUACUUAAAUAAUAAUGUGCCUUACUAAUUAUAGAAACUAUCUCGCUAAUAUAUUGACGUGUCAAAAUAAAAUACCUAUGUCAUAAUAAAGUUAUCUAGUAAUAAAAUGUGACGUUAUCUAUGAAAAGGGUCCUUAUUGUCGACGGCGCUUACUCCAUUAUUAACGGUGCUCCGAUAUAA